AUGGAACAAAGUAAUGUAAAUGGGUCACCAAGUUCGCCUUCGAAACCUUCUAUCGAGGCCAACGACUAUGACCUACAAUUUCCAACAUGGAGUAUGGAAAAUUUGAAGAAAGCAGCAGAAGAACAAAAAUUAUUUCGUCCAAGGAGCUUAGCAUGGGCUGUUUUACUUAAUGCUAUUCCACCACCAUCUGGAGAUAUUUUGAUGAGCAUAAGAGGCCAUCGUAAUUUCUAUGAUGAUUUACAAAAGAAAUUGUCUAUGGAUCCUCGUGCUGUUAUUGGAGAUGAUCCAUUAUCUCAGAAUGACGAGAGUGCUUGGAAGCAACAUUUCUGUGAUAACGAAUUGAAGGCGUUGAUUUUGCAAGAUGUAGUGAGAACAUUCCCCGAUGAAGCCUACUUUAGAGAGCAGAGUGUUCAAGAUUUAAUGGUACGAGUAUUGUUCUUUUGGGCGCGCUCUCACCCCAGUCCGGGGUACAGGCAGGGAAUGCACGAGAUACUAGCGCCGUUGCUGUACGAGUUGUAUACAGAUAGGAAAUGUAGACCGUAUUAUUUGAGUGACACUUUACGUUAUUAUCUACAAGAUGAAUACUUAGAACACGACAGUUAUAUGCUAUUCAGUGCCAUAAUGAAGGGCUUGGAGAAGUUUUAUUCGACGGGUGACGUCAUACCAUCGUCGUGUGGAAGAUUGCCCACGUCGAAAUCUGUUCAUAAUCAAAAUGAAGUAGUAAGAUAUUUGGAUAGAGUAAGAGAGGAUUAUCUAGUCGCGUACGACCCGGAGCUGGCGUCGCAUUUGGCUGACUGCAAUAUUUCUAUGGAAUUGUUUGGCAUCCGCUGGCUCCGAUUGCUCUUCGGCCGGGAAUUCCCCCGUUCGGAAAUACCAAAUCUAUGGGGCUUCAUAUUCUCGGACGGACCGAUGUUGCCAAACGUACAUUACGUUAUAAUUUCCAUGCUACUAUCUAUUAGGACUGUAUUACUAGACUCAGACACGGGCAAUGCACUCUCAGUCCUGAUGCGGCCUUCUUCAGUGAGUGUGGGACACGUGUGUGCUUUAGCAUUGCACCUACGAUGUCCACAUCUAUACCCUAAACCACCGCCACCACAAAUUAUCGAGCAGAUCAUAGAGACUCCGACGCGGAGUCACACGUACUCGGUGACGACGGACUCUCAGUCCACGUCGUCGUCGGACGUGGUGGAGGGCGUGGCGGAGGGCGGCGACGUGGCGCGCUCGCUGGCGGCGCUGGCGCUGCUGCGCGCGCGCCUGCCGCCCGCCGCCGCCGCGCUGCGCGCCGCGCUGCCGCGCCCGCCGCCCGCCGCGCGCGCGCCCCUGCAGGAGAUACUGCAGUUAGCAGCAUUACUCCAAUGCCGUAACCACGCGUUGAUAGACGUCGAAACCGCACUAGAAGCGGCGGAAAACCAAUCUAUAGAGACGAUUGGUAAAAAACAACUAGUGCCUGUAGUGAUGUUUCCUAAACCCAACCAAAAACCUGUGAAAAUUAUGAAUAAUGUGAAAGAAGUGCCAUUGAAAUUAUUCCACCAAGUCGAGUGCGAUGGAGCAAGUGACUUGCCAUUUUUAGACCCUCUAAGAUUACGGACAGAA